UGAAUAAAAAAGUGAAAUAUGGGCACGUGAUUUUCCACCGACCAAAGAACACAAUCUUCUAAUUGCCCUCGUCAUCUCCUUUCUUAUUUAACUUCCAACACACACCCCCAAUUAAAUCAAGAAAAAAUGGAUCAAACACCGAAGUACACUGACAACAAACCCACUGUUAGAUUUUACAGCAAGAUCAAGACUGAUUACUCACUCACUAUCCGUGAUGGAGCACCGGUUAUUGCACCCACCAACUCCUCCGAUCUUCAUCAGCAUUGGAUAAAGGAUGAGAAGUUUAGCACGAGAGUCAAAGACGAAGAGGGUUUUCCCUCUUUUGCUCUGGUAAAUAAAGCUACUGGACAAGCUCUGAAACAGGCUACCGAUCCAGCUCAUAAUCCAGUUCAGCUGACGGAAUUCAACCCAAAUACGCUUGACUUGUCUGUUCUUUGGACAGAAAGCAAGGAUUUGGGCGAUGGUUUUCACGCAGUAAGAAUGGUGGACAAUAUUAAGCUUAAUAUAGAUGCAUCCAUUGAGGUGGAAGACAGAACCUUUCUGAUAUGUGAUGAUGUGGGGUUCCCAUAACUAGAAACUUGGCGUAUACUAUAUGGUGAUCGAUGGUGAUGGUGAUAUGUAUGUUUGAAUAAUGUUGUGUUUUAAUUAAUAUGUUUAUAUAUUUAAAUAACAUGACAAUUGGACCGUUACACGGCUCAAUACCACGACUAGUGUUGGACAUGGUAUGCAUGUUCAACAUGUAUGAAUGUAUGAGAAUAAUUUUUAUUGGUGUCUUUUUCUUGUAUACGAAUUCAGUAGUUGAAAUUUGAGGAAGAUAACCGCA